AUGAUAUUUAAUGAGCAUCCUGAGGAUGGUAAUGGUAGCUGGUCAUCCUGGGGGCCAUGGGAGAGGUGCAGCCUAACUUGUGGUGGUGGAUCGCAGAGCCGAAUGCGCUAUUGUACAAAUCCUCCCCCAGAUGCGGGUGGAGAGCCGUGUCAUGGACCUAGUCGCAUGAAUCAAUCUUGCAACACCAAUCAUUGUCCAGUCAAUGGUGGUUGGAAUGGGUGGAGUCCCUGGAGUAUUUGCACUAAAACAGUCAGUGGCAUACAGAUAAGGUUUAGAGAAUGUUCCAAUCCAAAACCAGCAUAUGGCGGGGAACAUUGUAAUGGGAGCAGAGCACUUGUGAGGGAGUGUAACAAAAUUUCCCGCUGCCAUGAAGUAUUUCCUCUGCGUUUUAAAACGGAAAGGAACCUAUCAGUUGGUACAAUGGAAAUCUAUUCAGAUAGCAGUUGGAAAAAGCUUUGCACCAGUACCUGGAAUAACGUUGAAGUAGAUUUGACGUGCAUGGUAAUGGGAUACUCUAACAGCGAUGAUUAUGGCAGAUGGUAUAAAAACAGUGGCAAUGUAUCAGAGACAUCUACUAAUUUCAACUGCACCACCACUUUGACUAAAUGUGAAGAAAGCUUCAUAAACAAAUCGCAAUACUGCGAAGUUCGACCAGAGGUGAGUGUUUCAGGAACAAGCAAUCUAAUCAGAGAAGGAGACAUUGUGACUUUGACUUGUAAAAUCAUUCAAGGUCGGCCUAAGCCACAGAUAACUUGGCUUAAGAAUAACUUAUCUCAAGGACACAACACGUCUCUCUCCUUUAAUAAGAUAACAAAGGAAGACGCAGGUCUAUACACCUGUAAAGCAAAUAAUAGUGGGGGAAUUUCCACUGAAAAUAUCUAUAUUUCUGUUCAAGUUCCACCACAUUUAAAUCCUGAACUCAAGAAUCUUUCAGUUCCACUGAACUCCCCACUUGAAACAGACUGUUUUGAAAAGGGUGAUCUUCCAGUAUUUGUCAACUGGACCAAGGAUGGAAAAGCUCUUGGUAACAGCAAUACAUUAGUUAUUAAGCGGGUGACUUUUGAUGAUGGAGGUUUCUAUGAAUGUGCUGCUGAAAAUCUGGUUGGAAAAGUUGACAUCUCCUUCUGGAUUGAUGUUACUGUGUCUCCUGAGAUUUUAUUGUCUCCGGUACACCAAUCUGUUAUUGAUGGAGACCCAGUCAACUUUACUUGCCGUGCCACAGGUGUUCCUAGACCAAAACUUACCUGGACAUUGGAUGGCCAAAAACUUCCAUUGGGUAUUAAUCAAAGGAAAUUUGAGAGAGACUCAUUCUUGGAGUCAUUCCUGGAAAUGCAGAGAGCAACAAAAGAAAUGGCAGGAACAUACAAGUGUACAGCAGAAAACAAAGCAAAUAGAACAAGUUAUUCCACAACACUUCAAGUAUUUGUUCCACCACAUUUAAAUCCUGAACUCAAGAAUCUUUCAGUUCCACUGAACUCCACACUUGAAACAGACUGUUUUGAAAGGGGCGACCUUCCAGUAUUUGUCAACUGGACCAAGGAUGGAAAAGCUCUUGGUAACAACAAUACAUUAGUUAUUAAGCGGGUGACUUUUGAUGAUGGAGGUUUCUAUGAAUGUGCUGCUGAAAAUCUGGUUGGAAAAGUUAACAUCUCCUUCUGGAUCGAUGUCACUGUGUCUCCUCAGAUUUUAUUGUCUCCGGUAAACCAAUCUGUUAGUGAUGGAGACCCAGUCAACUUUACUUGCCGUGUCACAGGUGUUCCUAGACCAAAACUGACCUGGACAUUGGAUAGCCGAAAACUUCCAUUGGGUAUUAAUCAAAGGAAAUUUGAGAGAGACUCAUUCUUGGAAUCAUUCCUGGAAAUGCAGAGAGCAACAAAAGAAAUGGCAGGAACAUACAAGUGUACAGCAGAAAACAAAGCAAAUAGAACAAGUUAUUCCACAACACUUCAAGUAUUUGAAAGAUCCACUGCCAAACUAAGUCCAAAUCCAUACCCAACCAUCACUCAAGGUGAUAAACUUAGCUUAACUUGUAGCGUCAACAAAGCAACAGUAAAUAUCACUUGGAAAAAAGAUGGAGACCUAAUAAAAGAAAGGGCAGUCAUUGAUACACAGUUGGAUGAGAGAACAAGUUAUCUGGUCAUUGCAAAGGUUGUGGAGGAGGACAGUGGUGAAUAUUCCUGUGAAGCUCUUAACAGACUAGGAAAUGUGGCCCGCUCCAUUGUCAUGAUAAAAGUCAACCCUGUGAGUUCAUUCCUGGUGUGGUAUUAUAUUGUUGGAUCAAUGGCUGCUGUCAUUGUUAUUUUGCUCAUAGGCUGCUUUUCUUGGAAACGUCAAAGGACAGCACCUGCUACGGUCCUUCCUGAUCAAGGGGAGGCAGUUGAGAUGGAGCUGUUGAAUGUAGAAGUGGAUGAAUGGGAGAUUGAAGUGAACCGUAUCCUGCUUCAAGAUGUCAUUGGGCGAGGGGCAUUUGGAGCAGUGUGGAGAGCUCUUCUUAGUUCUCCAAAUGGGAGACCUGGAAAUCGUACAGUUGCUGCUAAAUGCUUUACACCGACCGCAGGGGAGGAAGGAAGAAAAUGUUUGAUGAGAGAGAUCGAGUUGGGAAAAAUUCUUGGUGACAGCAAUCAGCCAAACAUAGUGAAGUUCAUUGGCUGCGUCACCAGACAAGUCCAUCCGAUCCUUAUCAUGGAACAUUUGCCAUGUGGUGACCUGCUUGGUUACAUGAGAAAAUGCCGCGGAAUUAAUGAUCGGUAUUAUCUUGGAGAAGGAAGGCCUCAAGUUUUGAACAACUAUGACCUUGUGCUAUUUGCCAAACAAAUCGCCGCCGGUAUGGUAUUCCUUGGAUCAAGGGGGAUAAUCCAUCGUGACCUGGCGGCUCGAAACGUCCUCCUUGAUAACAACUAUGUGUGCAAAGUGACCGACUUUGGCAUGGCAUAUCAAAGCUUCAAAUACGGUCAUGGAAAUGCCAAAAAGGGCUGUUUGCCAAUCAAAUGGACUGCACCAGAGAUUUUGUUGGGAAAUUUCGCUGGACUUUCCACCUUGAGUGACGUGUGGUCUUACGGAAUCGUCCUGUAUGAGAUAGUUACCCUUGGAGGAAUUCCAUAUGAGGGAUGGACAGAAGGGAAUGUGGUUGCACGAGUCACGCAUGGAUACAAACUUCCAAAGCCCGAUCAUGUUGAUGAUAAACUGUAUGCUAUAAUGAAAAGGUGCUGGAAUUUUGACCCCGACUUUCGUCCUCCCUUUGAAAACCUUCGAAGAAGAAUGGAUACCUACCUUCGUGAAGAGACAUAUCUGCACCUGCUCGACAUGGGAUCUUAUGACACGACCAAAUAUUCCAAGGUUGAAGAUCUCGGAGGUGAAGAUGCCGAACCAAGUGCACGACCUCUAGGGAACGCCGCGGCAAAGAGAUUAGGAAAGUGGGCCAGCGACCGUCGUUAGACAGUGUCAUUUUGAAUAUUGCUUAGGAACCAAGCACUCUGUAGUGCAUAAAGUAUUAGAAGAAAAUAUGUACUAGUGAUAACGGUGAUAAUUUAAGGGCCUUAUUGUGUUAUAAUAAAUCAAAGCUGUUUCCUCGAUGAGGCACCUUUAAGUCAGUUUUUUCUUAAGUCGCAAUUGAUAAAUAACUCGAUUUAGCUGGUAAAGUCCGGAUAUUUAAAAAAGGAGGUUAUUGGUAAAACAAGACGACUAGUUGUUAGCAAUCAUGUUAUUGAAGUGUCCCCUGCUGGUGAUAUAGUCCUGGUAAGAUAUUUAGUAGUUAAGUGUUGAUUUAGUCAUGGAUCUUUCAGUAGCGUGUCCUUUAUCGACGAGACUGGUGACAUGUCUUGUAAUAUGGUGUUACAUGGGUCGUAAAUUGCUUAAAUUUUGUGUCAUUGGUAUCAGAAAACAAAAAAAAGGGCAUCGCUAUCGGUAUGUUUACUCUAACUUUCUUGUUGUUAUUGUUAAAUGCUUUUUCAUAAACGGAGAGAACCGUCUCAAUAGAGUGAUUCUAAAAUCAAAUUAAUCAAGUUAUUAUUCCAAUAUUUUCGACUCGUGCAAGAAACAGAGAGCGCUAUUCAGAGGGGUUGUGGCUGAUAGACAGACCUUUACUAUGAUGAAAUGAACCGCUUACUUCAAAGUGGAAAUGUCGCUAGAGCAAGGAUGAGCGUUUAUUUCUGUACAUUAUCGAAACACACUAAGCUGUAUUUAAAAUUUUGUAAAACACUCUAUUUGAUAUCUGCAAUAAAAGAGUAGAGGCGUACCUUAUGGCGGUAUUCACAAUGUUAUAUCACUAUUUAAGCCGCUCUAGAUAUACACAGAAGAAAGAAAAACACCUAAUCUUGUAUCUCAUAUACAACGCAAUUUUCUU